ACGUCACUUGAUACAUGGCAGUAGUUCGGUUGUUUUCCGGUAGAUGGAACCACUGUGGCCGAGUCUUAAUGGCCGCCUCCAUAAACAUGACAGAAAGUGAUGUUCCAACCGAGGAUGUCCAGGUGGAGGAAAAGAAGAGUGCCCUGUACACUCUCAAAGUGCUGGCUGCCGUACGAGAAGCCCAGCUAGCUCAUGGUUUACGGCAUAAUGAUUAUCAGUUGUAUCGUCAGUACUGCAGUCGUAGAAUAAGACGUCUUCGCAAGAAUUUAGAUUUUAUUCAGGGAGACAGGAGGAACUUCAGGAAGAAAGAUGUAACGGUUGAAGUCUUGAAGGAUGAGAGAUUCCUUCUGAUACCUUUGAUGACUGUAGAGCGAUGUUGGGCGUAUGCAAUGCAGUUGAAAGAGGAAAGUCAGCAAGACUCAAGAAAAAAAUUUUCUAUGAGAAAUAAACUAAGGAAGGCAGCCAAAUAUGUUGGAGCAUUUGAAAAACUUGUAGAGGAAAGUGGAGUUUGUGAUGCUAGGACACAACUGGAAGUGGAAGGUUACGCUGCAUGGUUAAAAGGCACUGUUCUCUUUGAAUUAGCGGAUUGGACACACGAAUGGGAUAAACCUGUGGAAUUCUUUAAUAAAGCCCUGGCAAUAUACAGCAAGUUGAAAGAUGCAGUGUCAGAAGAUGAGGCAGAAAUCUAUGCUAGUAGAUUACAGGAAUUAGAAGUUAAGUUGCGAUUCUGCAAACACCACCUGGGUGAUCGCUCAGCAACGGACACAUUGUUGGCAAUGCGUGGCAAUGAAGCAUUAGGUGAUAAACUCGAUAAUCUCCUUGCUUCAGCAAGAGAAAGGCAAGCAGCUACUCUUAGUGAAGUUACGUGGAAAGGUCGUAAUCUUGCUGUUAAGCAUGAAAAAGUACGAUUGUUCCUAUUAAAUGAAGGACUCAUUCAUGAAGAACUAGAAAAAAUAACUAAAGCUCUGCAUAUCAUAGUGCGGGAUGAUCUAAAGAAUGAUCCAACAUUCAAACCACGACAACAGGUCAACACAGGACCAGUCUCACCUUUGCAUUUCCUUCAUACGUACUUGUCUUAUCACCGGUUGAAUUUAACGAUACUUCGAAACAAGGCUUUAGUGGAUACCUAUCAAAAAAUUGUCUCGGGAGAAAUUGAGGUUGAAGAUGGUAAGAAAGCUCCUAAAUUGCAAGAUUUAGUACGAUUACAAGAAAUUAUAAUUCAGAACUUGAAUGAUUUGACGCAUUUACCUGGCUUGGAAGAUGAUGAUGAACUGAAACAAAGUGUUGAAGGACAAGUAUUAGCCUACAAAGCACAUCGGUGUUACUAUGUUGCUGAGAGCUUCAUGAAGUUAGAAAAAUGGGCAGAAGCACUCAUUCUGUACGAAAGGACUUUAACUUACAUUAAAUCUGCUAGCAAGAAUAAAUCAGAGACAUCAAUGGGAAAAAGCCUUGAAAAACUUUCUGCCAUGGUAGACAGUAAAAAGUUCACAGCUCAUGCUCAAGCCAUUCUAGCAUCAGAGUCGAUGGUUCCCGAUGUUUCAAGGCUUUCCAUUAAGAACAAGAAGAUGUUGAUUGAGCGCUUGGAUGAGUACAUUGAAGACUCCAGUUUAACUUCUAAACAUCCGAAUGUAGCACAAGUGCCAUCUCCUAUGACUUCUGUGCCAUGUAAACCUCUUUUCUUUGACCUUGCGUUAAACUAUAUAGAAUUCCCAUCUUUAGAUGACAAAGUAGAGGCUAAGAAACAGACUCCAGCAGCUGCUGCUGGUGGAGUGGAAUAACUGUUUGGUGAAAGGUUUAUGGGG